GUGAAUAGACUGGACAAAAGCCAUUAACCAGCCAACCAGAUAUGAACGAGUCGAAUAACGUAAACAAAACCACUUCUCUCUGUACGCUGUGUAUUGCUAUCAUAUCAUGUAUGCGUGUCUGUGUAUAUAGCUACAACUACACUACAUACAUAGAAAACCGAGUUCAUUUCACUUUCCCCAAACUUUCAAACCUUCCUUCAUUUCUUUCUUUCCUAAUUCUUUCCUUUCAUUCUCUUUCUCCUCCUCACAAUAAAACCAUCUCAACUAUACUACUAACUUUCUUCCAAAAACCCUCUUUUCCAUCCUUCUAUUUUUCUCUCUCAAAAAGGUGACAACAACAAAAAUGGUUCAUCACCACCGUUACCAUCAAUUCAGAAAACCAACAGACUACAUAAUCAAAGAUGAAGAGUCACUAAAUCAUCUCAUGGAUUGUUCUAGUUCUGUUUAUUGCAAAAGAACAAGACCAAAGUUGUUGUCUUUUCUUUUCCUCAUCACUUUUCUCUCUUGUUGCUAUGUUUUCGCACCUUUUUUCCUUGGACCCUCUUUCUCUUUAUCCCUAUUAUAUUCUUAUGGACCUGAAAAUGAUAGCAACCAAGAUGGUGUUGAUGUAAAAGCUUCUGCAUGUUCUUCUGUUUCAACUGGAACUAUAUGUUGUGAUAGAAGCGGUUACCGUUCUGAUAUAUGUGUGAUGAAAGGUGACAUAAGAACACACUCUUCAUCCUCAUCAAUAUUCCUCUACAACUCAAUAAGCCAUGUCGAUAAUGUUUCACGGACUGAUGAAGCUAGAAAAGGCGAAAAUGAAGCGGAACAAGUGCUCCAACAUGAAAAGAUAAAGCCUUAUACUAGAAAAUGGGAGACAAGUGUAAUGGACACCAUUGAUGAAUUGAACCUUGUUGCAAAGAAAGUGAAUUCAGGUAAUGUGCAAGGUUGUGAUGUGCAACAUGAUGUUCCUGCAGUGUUUUUUUCUAACGGAGGCUACACCGGCAAUGUUUAUCAUGAGUUCAAUGAUGGAAUCAUACCUUUGUACAUCACUUCACAGCAUUUCAACAAGAAGGUUGUGUUUGUGAUACUUGAAUAUCAUAGUUGGUGGAUCACAAAAUACGGUGACAUCCUUUCUCAUUUAUCGGAAUUUCCACCGAUUGAUUUUAGUGAAGACAAUAGGACUCAUUGUUUCUCCGAAGCCAUUGUUGGUCUCAAAAUCCACGAUGAACUAGCUGUGGAUUCUUCAUCGAUGGAAGGUAGCAAAAACAUUGUUGAUUUUAGAAACCUUUUGGACAAAGCUUAUUCGCCUCGGAUUAAAGGACUAAUUAAAGACGAGGAAAGGGAAGCUCAAGAGAAACUGCGCCAACAACGACAAAUCUCCUUAUCUCCAUCAUCAGAACCAGGAUCAAAAGCCUCACAAAGAUUACAUGAAAUUGCACGGACGAAACCAAAAUUGGUUAUUGUCUCUAGAAGCGGUUCAAGAGCUAUAACUAACGAGAAUUUGCUAGUGAAAAUGGCCGAGGAAAUUGGUUUCAAGGUAAAAGUUUUAAAACCUAAACAAACAACAGAAUUGGCAAAGAUUUAUAGAGUACUAAAUGAAAGUGAUGUGAUGAUCGGUGUUCAUGGAGCAGCAAUGACACAUUUCAUGUUCAUGAAACCUCGUUCAGUGUUCAUUCAAGUUGUUCCUCUUGGUACAAAUUGGGCUGCAGAUACUUAUUAUGGCGAACCUGCAAGGAAGCUUGGUUUGAAAUACAUCAGUUACGAAAUUCAUCCAAAAGAAAGCUCAUUAUAUGGUAAAUAUGAUAAAAAUGAUCCUAUUUUGAGAGACCCUGAUAGCAUUACAGAGAAAGGGUGGGAAUAUACAAAGAAGAUUUAUCUUGAUAGCCAAAAUGUUAAAUUGGACCUUAGAAGAUUCAGAAAAAGGUUGCAUAGAGCUUACGAGUACACCGUUCUCAGAUCAAAUUUGAAUCUUCAACACCAACCACAGUGAAAUUUUCGAUUCCACGGUUUCACAUUCUUUGAUGUAAAAAAAAAAUUCUUUGGUUUUGAAUUGUUUAACAUUCUUAUGCAUAUUAUGACAACCUGUAAAGUUCUUAGCAUGUUGUGUACAGCAAGUACUUAGGACUAAGUAUACAUACUAUGAUACUAGGAUGUGUAAGUAAGAAAAAAAACAGCAACUUGUUAUUCUAUCAUUUUUGGUGUGUUGAUAAUACUCAUGUAACGUUGUUUAUUGUUUGCUACAAUUCAAAUUCAAUUGUCAAA